UUGUAUGGCAAUGCUUUUUGACACAUAUGUUUAAUAUUUAACGAAGACUGCACGAAUCACUUUGAAUGUAUGUUCUUUCGCAGAGUGAACGUGAACGAAUUUCGGCAACCAUCUUUAAAAUAUUACGUCUGGAGAGGAGUUGGGUCCAAUAAGUUCUUUAUAGCGAGCGACAAAUAUAUUUUAUUUAAACAAAAAUGUCGAUGAUUUCAGCACGUUUGGCCUCAUCGGUGGCCCGCAAUUUGCCAAAAGCUGCAACACAGAUUGCCACAAAAGCAGCUUACCCAGCCGCAUCUCUAGCAGCACGUAAACUCCAUGUCUCCAGCACACAACGCAGCGCUGAAAUCUCAUCCAUUUUGGAGGAGAGAAUUAUGGGUGUUGCCCCAAAAGCCGAUUUAGAAGAAACUGGUCGUGUGUUGAGUAUUGGUGAUGGUAUCGCUCGUGUGUAUGGUUUGAAUAACAUCCAAGCCGAUGAGAUGGUGGAAUUCUCCUCUGGUCUUAAGGGUAUGGCACUUAACUUGGAACCCGACAAUGUUGGUGUUGUAGUAUUCGGUAACGAUAAAUUGAUCAAACAAGGAGAUAUUGUCAAGCGUACUGGUGCUAUUGUGGAUGUGCCAGUCGGUGAUGAAUUGUUGGGUCGUGUUGUCGAUGCUUUGGGUAACACCAUUGAUGGUAAAGGUGCUAUUAACACUAAGAAUCGUUACCGUGUUGGUAUCAAGGCUCCUGGUAUUAUUCCACGUGUAUCUGUACGCGAACCUAUGCAAACAGGUAUUAAGGCUGUCGAUUCUUUGGUGCCAAUUGGUCGUGGCCAACGUGAAUUGAUUAUUGGUGACAGACAGACUGGUAAAACUGCUCUUGCCAUUGACACCAUUAUCAACCAAAAACGUUUCAAUGACGGUCAAGAUGAGUCUAAGAAAUUGUACUGUAUCUACGUAGCUAUCGGUCAGAAACGUUCCACUGUUGCUCAAAUCGUAAAACGAUUGACUGAUGCUGGAGCCAUGGAAUACUCUGUUAUUGUAUCAGCUACUGCUUCUGAUGCUGCUCCUUUGCAAUACUUGGCACCAUACUCUGGCUGUGCCAUGGGUGAAUAUUUCCGUGACAAGGGCAAACACGCUUUGAUCAUCUAUGACGAUUUGUCUAAGCAGGCUGUGGCUUACCGUCAAAUGUCUCUAUUGUUGCGUCGUCCACCAGGUCGUGAAGCCUACCCUGGUGAUGUAUUCUACUUGCAUUCACGUCUUUUGGAACGUGCCGCUAAAAUGUCACCAACAAUGGGCGGUGGCUCCUUGACUGCUUUACCUGUCAUCGAAACCCAAGCCGGUGAUGUAUCUGCUUACAUUCCAACCAAUGUCAUUUCUAUCACUGAUGGACAAAUCUUCUUGGAAACUGAAUUGUUCUACAAGGGUAUUCGUCCAGCCAUUAACGUCGGUUUGUCUGUAUCACGUGUCGGUUCUGCUGCCCAAACUAAGGCCAUGAAACAAGUUGCCGGUUCAAUGAAAUUGGAGUUGGCUCAAUAUCGUGAAGUCGCUGCUUUCGCCCAAUUCGGUUCUGAUUUGGAUGCUGCCACUCAACAAUUGUUGAACCGUGGUGUUCGUCUUACUGAAUUGUUGAAACAAGGCCAAUAUGUACCAAUGGCUAUUGAAGAUCAAGUUGCUGUCAUCUACUGUGGUGUACGUGGUCAUUUGGACAAAAUGGAUCCCUCAAAGAUCACCAAGUUCGAAAAGGAAUUCUUGCAACACAUUAAGACCUCAGAGCAAGGUUUACUUAACCAAAUUGCCCAAGAAGGCAAAAUCUCUGAAGCUGCUGAUGCCAAAUUGAAGGACAUCGUAACAAAAUUCUUAUCCACCUUCCAGGCUUAAAUUUAUAACACGCAUAUAUAACUAUAAAUAUACACCAACAUACGUUUAAAGUUUAAUAUAAAGAAGAAGUAAAAAGAUACCCAACAAAGUCGCUAACUAUUUGUUAAAAUUAAUAACUUACGUUAUAAUUUAAUUAUAAAGUUUCAUCAAGAGAAAAAUGAUAUACAAUAAAACAAAAGUUAAACAAAAACAAAAACUGAAAAAAACUAAAUUAAAAUCUUCAUGUUUUUCUCUAUCGAAUGCAAUUGUAUAAGUGAACACUGCCAACUUGGCAUCAGACCAGCCUUUGAGUAGUGCAAAUUCCUGCAGAUUCGUCACCAACUUCUUUAAAAUAUGAGAGCGCCGCAAAGUUUAACGAACAUAAAACUGAAAAAUUAAAUAUGAUAUCCUUCGAAUUUCGAUGAAUUGUAGAUGAAUUGUACUUUUAAUUCUUAAAAUUAAAAUUGUGAAUGUGUAACGAUAAAGUGUUGGAACUUAAAAUUAUAAUAAACUACAGUUUUUAAAUAACACAAUCCUAAA